AUGGGACGAAGAGCGCAUGGAAGGGGCCAACAUGAGUUUCAGGAGCUGCUAGCGGCACAAGGCAAUGAGAAACUGUUGGCGGAGGCUCCAGCAGGAAACGCCAGGGCUUUUGACGAAACACAAUUUGUUGGAAUAUCUGCACCUGCGACUACGCAUCUACCUGGUGUAUCCGAACUCGGGAACGAUGAAGCAUCAGAGCAAUUGGAUGUGAAUUGUGCCAGCUGUCGGGGCGACUAUUGGCAGAUUGCUACACCUGGCCCAGCAUACUUAUUCUGGUGGUAUGCCUGUACUGCUGCGAUGUCCAGCCGUUUUGGACAGUAG